AUGAAUCUGGAAUAUGCUAGAAUUACGGCUAGUCUCAAGGAGGAGGCCAUCAAAAAGUCCUGGGAGGAUGUGCAAUGGGUUUAUCAACAAAAGGUAGCGGCAAGCUGGUGGAAUAUUGGCUACUGGGCAGUAAGACUCGAAGCUGCCAAAGCCGACCAUGAGAUCGUCAAAGCAGCCGCCGGUGCUUUUCUUGAAGCCGUAAAAGUGGCCGAGGAUACUUUCAAAUCCGCUCCAUUCCAGAAAUUGUAUAGGGCUAUCCAGGACACAGACAGGGCUCGCGCUCUAGCCACAGACUUAGUAAUGAGUUUGGUCAGUGGUGAUGGCUUCUAUGGGUUUGCCAAGAGCUUAAUCGAGUCGGAAGAUAAGAAGAUUCAAAAAGCCAUCGAUGAUCUAACCGCAAUGCAAAGCGAAAACAGUGCGUACCAAAAGGCAAUUCGUCAAGCACAGGAUAUCCUCAGAAGGAACGGACCCAAACUCGAGAAGGAAAUUGCAGAGGCGGAUGAGGCCAUCAAACGUCUCGAUGAAGAUGCUGAGCUUGCGCGGCUCACGAGGGACUAUUACUAUCAGCUCAAGCUUCAUGAUGACGUGAAGAAUAUGAUUGAAGGGAUGCAAGCGGGUCUCGAGACUCUCAAGGAAAGCUGGAAGGAUGGAAUGCAUGCCUUGGAGGGUGUGGUGGAUGAGAUUCAAAAAAAGAUUUCUCCCGUCUUCCAUAUCAACAGGAUUGAGGUUGGGGUCCAUACCCAUGCCCUGGUCAAGGAUGAGCCUCUGAUGUUCACUUUCAUUGGCACUGUGGGUGAUAAGGACUUUGACAUCAAGGCAGAGUGGUUGCCUGCAAAGGCCCUCAAGGACCUAUACAAGGAUGUCACGAAUGAGAUCUUGAAGAUAGCUUGA